CGUGUUAUUUAGGGGAAAAUGCAAUCAUCCAAUUUUCAUUUUCAUUUAGUUCUUUUAACAUCAAGAAAAUAAAUUGACCAGUGCAUGAUAAUGUCAUCACGUGGUUCAGUCAGCAGGGUCAGAAUAUUGCAGGAGACAAACUGCUGUGCCAUGUAAUCAAUAAAUUCAAUCCAAGAGUGUGAUCACAAUCAGGAUCAGCUGAAGCUGACACCAUGCAGUUUAUAUUUGUGUCACCAGAGGGCGCCACAGCAUCACCUGAUGAGUCUUCCUGGUCCGGGACGUCCAUCAGUGUUUCUACAUUCAGGAAGCUCCAGGACAGAUGUCAGGGGGACGGCCUGGGGGCCGGAGGGUCCGGAGGGGCGGCCCAGAGCUCAGCCAAUGAGGCGCUGAGUGUGUCAUCAUGAAGAAGUGGUGGAGCUGCAGGCGUCGCUCUGCUGCUCAGACUGACGGAGAGUCGAACUACAGUCAACAUGAAGACUUCAGCUGUUUCUCUGCUGCUCGGUGUGUCCGUGCUGCUGCUGUCUGGACAGACUGUUUCUGCAGAUCCUCAGGUUUCUCUGGAGAUUCCUGCACUUCCUGUGGUGGCAGGAAGUGAUGUCACUCUGCGCUGUAGAAGCAAAGAUCAGGUCGCACUCGAAGCCUUUUUCAUCAGGGAUGGUUCUAAACUUGGAUCUGGACCUGAAGGCCAGUUUACCAUCCGUAACGUCCAGCCGUCUGAUGAAGGUCUCUACUGGUGUUAUUUUGAUCAGACUGAAGAAUCUCCUCGGAGACGGCUGAGCGUCAGAGGUCCUCAGGUUUCUCUGGAGAUUCCUGCACUUCCUGUGGUGGCAGGAAGUGAUGUCACUCUGCGCUGUAGAAGCAAAGAUCAGGUCGCACUCGAAGCCUUUUUCAUCAGGGAUGGUUCUAAACUUGGAUCUGGACCUGAAGGCCAGUUUACCAUCCGUAACGUCCAGCCGUCUGAUGAAGGUUUCUACUGGUGUUAUUUUGAUCAGACUGAAGAAUCUCCUCGGAGACGGCUGAGCGUCAGAGGUCAGGACACUGACAUCACUUCCUGUUUAGAUCAUAUGAACGAACCUGCUGACCUGCUGAUAAACUGCUCUCCUCCAGGCCCUACUGCUCCUCCUCCACAUCCUUCUCCUUCUAUUCCUCCAUUGUCCUCCUCCCCUCUCACCUUUCCCCUCCUAACAGCUGGAGCAGCUGUGGGUUCUCUGGUUCUUCUGGUUCAGGUCCUGGUCGGGGUUCUUUGGCUCCGCAGGAAUAAGACAGGAAACUGAAGACGAUCUUCUGGAUUUCAUCUUUUAUUUCACUUUGAUAUUCAAUCUCUUUAUUUUACUGUAACUUGUUCUUAUCAGUGUUGCUCGUCUCUCUUCUGCCCCUGUAGUCUGUAGUCCUCGGUGCCCCCCUUCAGUCUGUAGUCCCCUGUGCCCCCCUUCAGUCUGUAGUCCUCUGUGCCCCAUUCAGUCUGUAGUCCCCUGUGCCCCCUUCAGUCUGUACUCCCCUGUGCCCCCUUCAGUCUGUAAUCCCCUGUGCCCCUUCAGUCUGUAGUCCCAUGUGCCCCCCUUCAGUCUGUAGUCCUCUGUGCCCCCCUUCAGUCUGUA